GUGCACGUCCCUCUGGUUCGCUCACCACCUCUCUUGAGGAGGAAAACACUCACCGCCCCUCGGAGAGAAGAAAAACCCUAGAAACUCAACCGUCCAUCUCUCUAACCCUGUCUCACUCAAAACCCUAGCAACUCAACCAUCCAUUGCCACAGGUCUACUCCCCUCGUUGCUCCCAUUGCUGCAAGCUAAGGGCUCAGAGAAAGCUAGAACUAAAGGAACGUGUGCCGGCAUUGAAGUACCUCAAAUUCACCGAAUAUAGGGCACGGUGAAGAUGAAUUUCAGGUCCCAAGCUCUUUGAAAACUCGAUAUUUCAGGCUCUCAACUGAAAAAGAAUAGAGAGAAGGAAGAAAAGUAGCAGAAGAACACGAAGACAGAAGAAAGAUAAAUCUUAGAUUCCAAAAAUGGCUGCAAAAUUACUGGCAAACAUAAUUGUCAUGGGUUCUGGAAUAUUGGCAAGGGCGGUAUUUAGAGCCUAUCGAGAAGCACUUGCAAAUGCUUCGCGAAAUGGUGUUGCCCAAGAAGCAGUAACGAACACAAUUCGAAGAGCUGGUACAAUGACUGAGCUCGAAGCAAGGCAGAUUUUGGGGGUGACCGAGAACACCUCAUGGGAGGAGGUCUUGAAGAAAUAUGACGCGUUAUUUGAGAGGAAUGCAAAAAGUGGGAGUUUCUACCUUCAAUCCAAAGUCCAUAAAGCAAAGGAGUACCUAGAAGUUGUUUACCAAACAAAAGGAGGGGCACAAACUGGCUGAUUGCCUUUUGCGUUUUUGUUAUGUAUUCGUACUCCCUCAAUCCCAUAUCAAAAGGUCACUGUAUUUUGGAUGAUAUUGUUAUCUUGAUCUAGGUCUGAUAUUGUUAUCUUACUUUUGAUCAAGGUCAAGUGAGCUGUGUAUAUAUUCAGGUUUGUUAUGCCAUAACAAACCUGAAUAUUGUCUCGAAGUCAGUCAGAGGGGCUUGGUCCUGUUUUCACAUUGGAUCUUGAUCUUAUUUACGAGUCUGCUGUGUGGCUGUGUUGUUUUUGGCCAUUGUUAUUUAAAGCUUGACCGACUUGGAGUUUGGAGUUUAAAUGGAGUAAGAAGCAGCAACAUGAAAGGUUUUUGGGUGUAA